AUGGCCGGUACUGACAGCUUGGAGGCGCUGCAGGGGCUUCACCAGGACUUGCUGGCUUUCACAGAGUCACGGUUGCCAACCAUUGAUCGGCUCUCUUUGGAGCUUGAGGCACGAGUAGAAGAGUUUCGGAAACUGCUCGACAGGCCGCGGAAAGAUGACAACAGUCGUCGAACGCUCGCGUCUGGAACGAUACGGCUUGACGAUGUAGAGUAUUCCGUCAACGAAGAGUUCAAGCAGGAGACUAUACAGGUCGCCGACGCCCUCGACCUUGACGAGCUAGAAUCCGCAAAACUCUAUUUGGCGGCCCAGGAAGAUGCCCAAGAACUCGACAGAUCCCCCCUCACGACCUCCAUUAUCCGCUUCCACAAGCGCAGACAAUUUCUCCUCGAAUGCUUGCGACUAGUCGUCGCGCUAUCAAUAGACGAAGACAGAGAUGAGAGCAUUCAACAGGCUUUCAAGGAGUAUGUGGAGAAAAUAGCCAGUGGGAAGAACGGCCAGCGUGAGAGUGCGUCACGGUACUGGCGAAAAUGCAUAUCUAGCCUAGGAGAGAUACGUGAAUGGUUGCAACAACUUGCGGAAAGAAUACAAAGCGCGUCGAUAAUUGGGCAAGCGCCGUCGCCGGAAAUGGCAGAGAUUUAUGACUUCCAGCGCACGAGUUUGACCAGGCAGCAUGAGUCUCUCGCCGCUAUUGCCACGGACCUUGUGAAGUGCGGCUACGCCAAUGUCGACGAUUUUCGGUUUCUACUCCCAACGCUUCAAAAACUGGACAGAUACGACCUCAUUCUGAUACACUACAUCCCGGUUCUCAUCUGUUUAAUUGACAGGAUCAUUUCUUCCAAGGACGCAUGCUCACUCCGUGACGCCCGAUCUCUGCAUGAAACCAUAACGAGGGACGGUGACUCCUGGGCUCUGAGAAAUUUCCGUGCUGCGACGGUUGUAUGGUGGCUUGCGGAGUACAGCGGGAGGUACCUCGACAACCCCGUCGGAUCACCGUUACAAGGCGUGGAUUUAGAGGCUGAGGCGGAAGGUCGUUCAGCUCUCUUCCUUGAUGCUCUCAAGGACGGCGCUUUCCACUUUAUGCUUUCCGCCACUCGGGACAUUAUGCCGCACAAAUGGGCCGAGCCAACGAAGGCCGGACUCAUGAGGAUCAUACUUCACGAAUCAUUCGCGUUACCCGCUGACACCAUUAGCGCAUCCGACCACUUCCACCUUCUGGUCAUGCAACAACUGCAAGCGUUCAUCAUAGGCUUCAUUACCAACAUGCCUGAUACGCUGCGAAAGCUCAAGGUUGACGAGGACGACCUGAGGAGGAAUGCAAUGCUGCAGUUUCAGCAAGACUCUGUAUACCAUCUGGAGCGCUUUCUGAUAAUCAUUGCUCAUGCAUUUGAGGGUUGGCCCGACGCCGCUGCACCGUUCUUGGUUGAGCCGGAAAGUAACUUGUACGGAUUUCUGCAGUGGGCCGCAAAGAGACAAACAACACCCCGUGCCGCUGCCUUCUCCGAGAUGCUACGCGCCAUUGCCGAUAGUGAGGAACUGGCGGACGCUGCGCACGGAUUUCUGCUUCAGGAAGUGGCAUCCGCCCCUGGCAAGCUGAGGCAGAAGUCCACCAUGAGCUGGACGCAGAUAUUUUCAGAGCUGCAACAUUACGCUUCAGGGACCGGAGAAAGACACUCAGCAGCUUCUACGCAUCUUUAUGUCAACGCGCAGAAUCAGGCCAAUCCCGAGGUAGAACUCGAAAGUCCCUACAUGCUAGAGUGUUAUCUGCGUCUCAUAGCGCGCUUGUGCUGGAGAAGCUCGGAUGCUCGCAACUUUAUCCUGAGCAAUCCAUCUUUCCGUCUACACGAGAUCCUCUUCCAACUUUGCGCCCGGGCCGCUGAUCCGACGGUUUGGGCAGGUGCAUUUACUGCACUGGCUUCUUUGUUGACGAACAAGACUCAGGAGAUCGGCGAAGGCCUAUGGCAUACCUUGGAUCAGUGGAUCUGUGGGUUUAGUCCGACUCAAAAUCUGCCGAGGACGAGCAAUGUACAAGUUGCGCCAGCAUGGACAGAGCAAUCCGCCCAUGAAUCUAUCUCCCGUUUUUUCGAACAAGCAAAUGCUUUCGUCACUCUUCUAAUUGCGCUGAUUACUCCGUAUCCCGACCACAUGGAUCUUAACGACGCCCUGCCUUUCCCCGAACAUCUGGGCAGUCCGUACCGAAUGCCUGGCGUUGACAGUUAUGUUGAUCUUGUGGUUGGCAAGAUCUUCGGCUCACAAUCCACUUAUGUUGAAGACGCCUUUCAGCUUCGGGUGCUCCGCUGGAACUGUCUAAACUUCGUCACCACAUGUCUUUCGACUUUCAACGAAGAUCUUGUGAUCUUCGCAAACAGAUCGAACGUUGCCGUCGACACUGCGAUUGGAGCCUCAUCGCUCCUGGAGUAUGCCCGUUUACACCCCUUUGCGCGAACUAUGGAGUGGCUGUUUAAUGAUAGAGUGCUCUCGGCACUCUUUGCGACAGCCCACAAGGACAUCACUGAAGUUCAGAAGGCAUCUCCUGAUUCGCCCCUGAUUUUGUCUCUCUUACGGAGUAUCGAGGUCAUGGGCCUCGUUAUGAAAUAUCAGGCAACGUAUCUUGACAUAAUACGCCCAUUGCUCAAGACUCAAUCGACAGCACGUAAGACUCCUGUGUCUAACAGUGCGAUAGCGUCCUUUGAAGACGCAGUGCUCAACAAUCUGGACAUCGUUGUCGAUCUGGGCCUCUACUGUGGUGCCGGUCAUCAGGACCUGACAAUAGCCUCGUUAAGACUACUGGAGACGUUGUCAUCAUCCCGGAAACUCGCUGCAUCCGCAACCGCAGGAUUUGGUCGGCGGUCUGGUCGUAGCAAAAUCAUCGGCAUUCUGGAGAAGGAUAACGAUGCUGAACGUAUAGCUAGAUUGCUAACAGCUGAGAUGCAGCUAGACCCAAGAGAACUUGAGGCAGGCCCGACGGCUCCAGGAUUCGUCAUCAAAUCGAACAUCCUUGAAUUUCUGAAUAGCUGCCUAGCAACUCUACCGAACCGUCCGACUUUAGCGCACGCGCUGCUUGGUUUCUCCUGUAACGAUACGACAGUCGAUAUCAGUGCUGACAGUCUCUUUGCAAGUGGGAGUUCGCUGUUCCAUGCAUUGUUAAGACUGGCAGCGGAAUAUCCGGACACCGAUGAGGACUCUUUUCUGUCGUGGCGGUUGAUGGUCAAGCAGGGGUGCUUAGACAUAAUAGCCAAGCUCUGGAAAUCUCCUCUGUCAUCGGUGUACACAAUGGCGGAACUGCGCUCUGCCGACUUUCUCUUCGUCCAAGCGGUGCGGCAGAUCGCUGUCACUGCCAACACGUUGUGGGAUGGUAGGGUCAUCGAUGACCCCGAGUUCCUCUUUACCGAGUCGGCAGACGCCCUCUCACAGUUUCUUCGGCAACGAGCUGCGUUUUACGAUUAUGUAGCUCGCGAACUCCGAAUGACGGUACAGAGUGGCAUGCCUUCAUUAAAAUCCCGCAUCCAAUCUACGUUGUUGGGCCUCACCGUGCUACCGGACGGGGAGCAACUGCAGAAUCCGAGUAUCUUCGACCUUUUCGACUUUGUCGAGCUGCAGGUAGGCGGCGCUUUCGCACUACCGCCUCUAAGAUUCUACGAUGGUCUCGACUUCAGCGUUUGCAGAAAAGACGAAUCAGAUUCACCGCUGUACGAUCUUCGAAGUGUUGAAGAAUUGCUUACGCUCCGUGCUAAAGAGCUUGAAAAGACUGGACGAAUCUCGACCCCGGCCGAUGAGCAUCAGUUACAAGAGGAAGCCCAGAGCAUUCUACUGUGCCUUCUCGGAGAGAACAAGCGAGCCAAGAUUUUAGCUGCAAGAGAAGAAGCCAUCAGCGCCUGGGUUCAAUUAAUGACCGUCAUGCUCGCAUGCUGCGAGUUCGAAGCGAGUAGUCAAACAGCUGUCAUCCUCCAGGCGGUUCAGAUGAUCAUUCCGAAGCUGGAGAAAUCCUUCUCUGAUGAUCCGUUCCUUGCACUACAGCUCUCCAAGCUUUCCAAAUCCCUGAUACAGAACAUAAACCUGGAGACCACUGCGAUCGAAAACAGCAAAGCGGAUGACUUCGCGAACGACAGGCUCUUCCAGUUGUUCCGAACCGCAUUGAGCGGCACAUAUUGCCUCGUGUCAAACCCAGACCUUAGAGAGAUCUGCUAUCAGGUCUGCUACCGAUAUCUGCAAGGUAUCGUGAAGGCAUCCACUAAAGGCUCGCCCCUUGCGCGUCAUUGCAUCCGUGUCGUGAAGGCGUCCGGGGAGAAGCUCUUCGAAGUGGCCUGCGAUGAUGCAUAUGCGGGGCAGGGAAACUGCAGGAUAUCUUCGUUGCAACUGCUCGAGGCGCUGGUCUCUUUGGCCGUGCAGGAGGAGUCGAAGAUCAUGAUCGAGGCUUUUGCUAAGCUCAACUUCAUUGGUGUUUUGGUGGACAGCAUCAAGACGAUCGCAACCGACCUGGCAGCCGCGAGUGCCGCUGAUGUUCCUGGUCUUUUGUCGUACUACCACGCAAGCUUGAGCCUUCUGGCGCGGAUCGCCCAGACGCGGCUGGGUGCGGCUCAUGUCCUAAAUGCCGGCCUCUUCCAGUCCGUUCAAGACUCUCAAAUCUUCUCUACUGAUCCGGACAUUGGUUUUGAAAUCGAGGAUCCAGCAGCAUUAAAGAAGUUCUUCGAGCUGAUGCUCUCCGUCCUUCGCGUCAUCGUCGCUGUAGUAAUCAGUCGAGGCGCCCAAAACAGCCAAACUAUGCAUCAAGCGAGGCAGUUUCUGAAGGACAACAGAGCGUCCAUGGUCGCGAUCUUCAAGAGACAUGCGAAGGUGGGAGGGAUCGCAGUAGAAGGCGUUGGAGAUCUGAGUGAAUUGGUGGACGCAUUCACGCUCUUAAUCUCAGCGACAGACUUUUUGGAGCACGAAGAAGCAAAGACAACGCAGAAGUCGGCCGCAAAUAUGUUCUCGUAG